GGAAAACCUGUCCUACAACGUUGUGCACGUCCAGGUAUAAAUAGAGGCAUCAGGGUGGUGGUGGGCAUCAGUUGUGAUCACUACUGCAUCAUGAACACUAAGGCACUUCUCCUGCUGGCUCUGGUGGCUGUGGCUGCCGCAGACAAACGCCCCGCGACGGGCUAUGGUGCCCCGCCGGUGUCAUCUGAGGAAUCCGAGCCCCCCAAAUAUGGCUUCGACUGGGCAGUUCAGGACGGCGAAUCUGGCAACGAUUUCGGCCAACAAGAGGCCCGUGACAACGACAACACCAAGGGGUCGUACACUGUACAGCUUCCCGACGGUCGUCUGCAGACUGUGACUUACUACGUGGACGGUGACUCAGGCUACGUGGUCGAUGUCAAGUACGACGGUGAGGCUCAGUACCCCGACUCUGAUGAGGUCAGGUCCUACGCCCCACCCAGGCCCACUUAUGGCGCCCCCUAAGUUAGUGGAGACUCCCGUGUGGCCACCACCAGGAGGCUACCUCGACCCACCAACAACCACGUACAUUCUACCACUAUUUCGAAUCUACAGUCAUAGAAAUUUUAAUAAUUUUAUCCUGUCAAUGAAUAAUAUUAGAACAAUAUGGAUUUGGGAUAUGUUAUGCCUAAGCCAUUUUAUCUUAACCACAUUCUUGAGCUCCUUACACAGUUUUGUAAAUCACAUUUUUUCUUUUUCCAGACCCCAACUUCCUUAUAAUAUUAUUUUUCUGUUGAAUGUGAAUAUCGUAUAUAUUAAACUAUUUAUUAAACUAAGCAAUACUUAAAAGAA